ACUCCAUUUCAUUAAAAUGCAGUGUAGAAUAUGUUUGAAACAGUGCGAUGAUAAUGAUAACGAAAAAAGUGCAACACUUUUCCAUUCUUUCAUUAACGGUGUGCACAUUGGAGAGUUCAUCAAUGAUUUGUUUGAUCUCCAGAUGGCUGAAGAUGAUUCUCUUCCACAAACCGUUUGCGAACAAUGUCAUCUUGAGCUUCAAAUAGUAUCGAUUUUCCGAGAUAGGCUUCUCAUGUCUGAGAAAACUCUUCGCACAUCGAUUCAGUACGGAGAAGCUGUAACUUACGAAGAAGGACUAGUAGAAGAAUCCAUUGCGUCAUGUACAGCUACUACAUCUACACUGGAUCCGGCAGAACAAGACUCGAUGACGACGGCUAGCCGUUGUAGCAAUUGUAAAAAGAUGAUAUACGAAACGGAACCAACCUAUCUGGUUCAGCAAAGCUGUCCUUCGAGCGGCAUUACCAACAAAGUACUCUGCCAAGAAUGUUACCAACAGAUCCCUACUGGUCAGAAAGAAACCGAGGGUGGUGUGCAGAAAGCUUCUAUCCAAGCAAAGCUCGAUAUAUCUCCACUAACAAUCGAUUUACAGCCAUCAGACCCACCAAACAUUGGUUCGAAACCAUAUCGUUUUUGUUGUGUGACACAUUGUUCGGAGCAGUUUACCGAUGAAGCAGCACUGAUAAAGCACACACAGGCAAUCCACGCGAUAAAAAUUAACAAAAAUCGCGAAAAUCAAGAACCUGGAAGACCGUUCAAGUGUAAUAUCUGCUUUCGAGCAUUUGCAUCGUCAAAAAAUUUGCGCGUUCAUCAGCUGGUUCGAUCGAAUGUGCACUAUCGUAACUUCACGUGCAACACAUGCCCUUUUCGUGCCGGUAGCUUAGCAGCCCUUACGAUCCACAAGCGUUCCCAUACCGGUGAGCGUCCGUUCGAGUGUGAUUCUUGUGAGAAACGAUUUUACUCUGAAGCUUUACUAAAAUCGCAUCAAGUUUGUCACCGAGGUGAGCGACCAUUCGAAUGUUCUUACUGUUCGAAAAAAUUCGCACGCAAACGAAACAUGAUGGAGCACUUCUGGUUGUGCCAGUCGGAUGAAAAACCGUACCAAUGUGACGAUUGUAGCGCUCGGUUUAAAACGAUGCAGCACUUAAGAUUGCAUCGACGAUUGCAUACAGGAGAAAAGCCGUACACGUGUAGUCUUUGUGCAAAAAAUUUUCACUACAUAAAUGAUCGAAAGCGCCACGAACUGUCGCACGCGGGGACAAAACCGUACAGUUGCAAGACUUGCGAUGCAUCGUACACUCGGAAGUACGCCCUUUCCAUGCACGAACGGACACAUACGGGUGAGCAACCGUUUGGGUGUACUGACUGUGGAAAACGCUUCUCUCAAUCUUCGUUGUUGAAGAGGCAUCUGGCGCGGCAUAGAAGGGGUGAAAAUAGUGUAUUAAGUAAGCAGCAGAAUAGCUCAGCAGGGCGUAAAAGCCGACUGAAGAAAGUAGUAACGAAUUCAAAUUAACUAAAAAAGAGUCCUCACUUUAUAGUAUGACUAGCUUACCCGGCAAACUCAGCUUUGCCCUUAAACAUGCCUUUUGUAAUUAAAGCAAACAUUUUGAGUGUUCAAUCUUGA